AUGAAGUUCUUCUCCGUCCUGCUGCUGGCCAGCUUGGCCUCCACCUCUCUCGCCAACCUUAAUGAGCCAGAAGAUGAAACCUACAUGGAGGCUCAGCCCACAGCCUCCGCCCAGUUCACCAUCAGCCACCACCAGACCUCCAAGGAGGACCUUUCUAAGGACCCUUCCAUCUCCAGAGAAGAACUGGUUUCCGAAGAGCAUAUGGUGAUCCAAUCUUCCAGGAGACCCCAGAACCAGAAUCCCAAGCUGCCUCAGCCCAUACCCCAGGAAAAGUGUUUCAGAAACGCUGCCCUUCAAUUCGAAGAGACUACAGAACUCACUCCCAGGGCUGCAUCCGCCACAGAGGGAAAACUGGCCGAGCUUGGCCAUAAAAUCGGGAGGAGUCUAGAAAACACAGUGAAAGAAACCGUGAAAUAUCUGAAAAGUCUUUUUCCUUGCGCCUCUGAAGUCAUGAGGCCCUAA